AUGGGCAAGGAUUAUUACACAAUUCUUGGCAUCAGUCGGACAGCGACUGAAGAGGAAAUAAAGAAGGCCUACCGCAAGUUGGCUCUGAAGUACCAUCCUGAUAAGAACAAAACGCCUGAAGCGGAGGAGAAGUUCAAGCUGAUUGCUGAGGCGUACGAGGUGCUUUCUGAUAAGAAGAAACGCGAUGUCUAUGAUCAGUUUGGCGAGGAGGGUCUCAAGAAUGGCGGCGGCAGCUCUUCUUUCAGCUCCAGUUCCAAUCCCAAUUUUACGUACACGUUCCACGGCGAUCCUCGAGCUACAUUCUCACAGUUUUUUGGCACUGACAAUCCAUUUGAUAUAUUCUUCAACUUUGGCGGUCUCGGACCAAACAGUUCGGGUUUCCCCUUCUUCAAUGGCUUCGAGGACAUGGACGACCCCUUCUUCAGUCCCUUUGGUGGGCCCUCUCGCGGCGGGGCGACGAACGCCUUCCGCUCACAGUCCUUCACCCACGGAUCGCCGGUGAAUGACCGCAAGAGUAGCAGUGGCGGUGGCGGCGGUGGCAGUGGAGGCAGUCGAAAGCAAGACCCACCCAUUGAACACGACCUGUACCUUUCGCUAGAGGAAGUGCUCAAUGGCUGUGUGAAGAAGAUGAAGAUCACACGAAAGGUGCUCAAUGCUGCCGAUGGAAAGAGCUUCAAGAGGGAGGACAAGGUGCUGACGAUUAACGUAGUGCCCGGGUGGAAAGCAGGCACCAAAGUGACGUUCCAGCAUGAAGGUGACCGCAGUAGCUCUUCAGUUCCCGCCGAUAUUGUCUUUAUCAUUCGAGACAAGCCUCAUCAGCAUUUUAAACGUGAGGGCACCAACAUUGUCUACACAGCUAAAGUUACUCUGCGUGAUGCUUUAUGUGGAUGCAAAGUGAGCGUGCCCACCCUGUCUGGCGGCUCAAUACCGAUUCAGAUGAGUGAAAUCGUCAAACCAAACACUCAGAGACGAAUCUCCGGCGAGGGACUGCCCCAUCCAAAGGAAACCUCCAAACGGGGCGACCUAAUCAUCAACUUUGACAUAAAGUUUCCCGACUUUCUCACCGAGCCGACUCGGCAAAUCAUGUACGACGUUCUUCCAGCCAAAUAG